UAAGCCCGUUUUUCUGUUUCCGAUAAUUCCGAAUAAAAUAUUAGUUUUCCACUGAAUUAAUAGAUUUUUGGAUGAAACGGAUCCAGAGUAGCAAACACUUGGAAUCAGAAAAACCCCAACGCCAAAACUAAGUUUUUAAAAGGAAAGCACUUUUUUUUUACAGGUGGUUUAACGAGAAAACCAACAACUUAAUCGAAAUCAACUUUCAAUUUGGAUCAUUCCAUGUGAUUUUUGUCGAAUUCUAUGAGAUGUUUUUCGCAGAUUUUUACAAAAGUGGGAAGGCUAUGAUACACUAUUCAACUGCUCUUCAACUGUUUGUUUUGCUACUAUUCGUCCAUCGUCUGCCUCUUAAUUAAAUGGCGAACAUUGUGAAAACUGAAAGUGGCAUUGAUCUUUUGCAAAGAUUUUCUGUCAGGCCGAAACUUAUUGGAUUGCAAGUAGAAGUCUUCGGAGAAGACGGACCACUGCCAGGAGACGUGAUAGAGAUCAAUGAGAAGGAUACAAACCUUAAAACUAUCCUGUUGACCCAGUGGAUUAUAAAAUGUAUACUUCCUGCAACCUGGAAAGGUGUGCAAAUUGGUGGACUUGAGGUGGGAGUAGUGUUUCUGUCUACUGAUCAUCAUUUUUCGUCAUUAAACUUGGUCACUUUGCUUGAAAGAAAGUUGAAGAGGACUCUUCGCCAAUGUCAACAACUUCUACCUAGCUCAGGACUUACUAUGAUGAAAGAAAUUACCAAGGAUUCUCUAAGAAGACUUUCUUUAUAUGAAAGCUUUUGUAAGACAGAGCUCCUUUUCAACUUCUGUUCUACCAAAACCUUCAUUCUCUCUCACUCUCAGUCCUCAGUGGUGAUAGUCGAUAGCCUUUCUGCAUACUACUGGGAAGACCGAUUGUCAGCUUCAACCAUCCAAAGCCUAGAAAAAUAUUGCCAAUCUCUUCUGCAGUGUCUUAUUGAAAAGUUGAAACAAACCAAUAUUACCAUAAUAUAUACUGUACAGCAAUUCCUCAGAGAAGUCCAUGAAAGGGAAAGAAGUGAUGCUCCAUUGUUUAUCUAUUCCCUUUCUAUAGAAAAUCAACCCCAAAGUGUGAUUCAUGUAGAAAAUAGAAGGACUGCUAGUAAAUUUUCAAAGAAAAUUGAGUCUUUCAAAGGAGACUUGUUGUUAAAAUAAAACUUUCUCUUGAACAGAA